UUGUACACAACAAGACAGCGCAGAAGUUGGGGGCCAGCUGUAGGAGUCUCCGUUGGCACAGUCUCCACGCACUUUCAGAAGGAGAGCGAGCUCAAGCGCUUCCUGGGAGCAGUCGGUGACUCCGCUAGCACCUUAGUCAGCUAUAUGAAAACAAGACUUGAGAGAGGAUCUUCUCGGAUUACUGUCUUGGACUUUUUCUUGAGUACUCAAGGAGUCACAAAGCCGGCUGUACCUUGUAGCUGUGCCCAGCCCAGCCCCCCUUCGCCGGCCUGGCGCAAAGAGAGAUAUAAGAAUCCUUUUGCCGUUUUUCUCCAUCACGUUGUUACAUAUUGGAUCUUUUAUUAUUUUUUGUUACUUUUGCGACAUUCAAAGUACCUUGAGUUGGUUUUCCGUGUACGUUCUUACAUUUGGAUGACAUACAUAAAUAGUCGGCCAGCUAGCCUUCAGCAGUGGCUAGCAGGAAAGCAGUAAUGUUAUCGUUGCUUGCUAGUUAAGGAUCGAACCUCCACACUCUAAGCGUAGCGGUGAGUCGCCGAUGGGACAAGAGAUUACGCGGAGCCUGGGAUUUGAAUUGGAUUUGCGCUGAAUGCGGCAUUGUCUCGUCUGCACAUUUUUUCGAGCAAGACACAAGCAGAAUUCACAUUUUUUAGCAGGAAAAGCAAGUUUACAACUAGCUAUUUAGGCAGUUGCCACUGUUAGCUAGUCGUUCAAAGAUAUAGGUAGGUGGCUAGAUUUAGCCAAGUUUUAUCGCACUCUGUUUUGAGAUUUUAGCUAGCAUUUGAAUCUCACACUGCGGAGACAGCAAACGAAUAAUGUACAUAGUUAUCACGUCAGAUUUUCAUUUGUUUAUGUAAAUUAGCUAGGUACUAUAGCUAAUUAAACCAGCGCCCUUUGCAUGGAUUAAAAUUCUUCGGAUGUCAACAACUACCGCUGAAAGUGGGGUAUUUGACAUUAGCUAGCCAGAAAAGAACAAGCGGCAAGUCUGGAAUCUAGAUUCUGGCGUCUCAAAGGGUCGACCUUGCAGUUCUUGGAUUUCAGGUCUGUCGGUCUGGGUGGCUACAAAAUUUUGUGCUACCAAAUUCCUUCUCCCCUACACGCUCCCCCCAAUUUAUCUGACCGAUGCGGAGUACCUAAGCGGCCGUGGUGUCCUUCCCCCUGCGGCGGCCGGAGAUGCUGAAGUGUAUCCCAUUGUGGCGCUGUAACCGCCACGUCGAGUCGGUGGACAAACGACACUGCUCUCUGCAAACGGUGCCUGACGAGAUAUUCCGCUACAGCCGUAGCCUGGAGGAGUUGCUGCUUGAUGCCAACCAACUCCGAGAACUGCCAAAGCCCUUCUUCCGGCUGCUGAACCUGCGCAAACUGGGCUUGAGCGACAAUGAGAUCCAGAGGCUGCCUCCCGAGGUGGCCAACUUCAUGCAGCUGGUGGAGCUGGACAUCUCACGCAACGACAUUCCUGAGAUCCCCGAGAGCAUUAAGUUCUGCAAGGCGCUGGAAAUUGCAGACUUCAGUGGAAAUCCUCUAUCCAGACUGCCCGAUGGUUUCACUCAGCUGCGAGGGCUGGCCCACUUGGCUCUCAAUGACGUGUCACUGCAGACGCUGCCAAACGAUAUUGGAAACUUGGCCAACUUGGUGACCUUGGAGUUACGAGAGAACCUGCUCAAAUCCUUGCCCACGUCCCUGUCGUUUCUGGUGAAGCUGGAGCAGCUGGACCUGGGCAGUAAUGAACUGGAAGUACUGCCGGACACACUGGGGGCUCUGCCCAACCUACGGGAGCUGUGGCUCGACCGCAACCAGCUGUCUGCACUGCCUCCGGAGCUGGGGAACCUGCGGCGGCUGGUGUGUCUGGACGUGUCGGAGAACCGUCUGGAGCAGCUGCCCUCAGAGCUGGGCGGCCUGCUGGCCCUCACCGACCUGCUGCUGUCCCAGAACCUGCUGGAGGCCAUCCCUGACAGCAUCGGGUGUCUGAAGCAGCUGUCCAUUCUGAAAGUGGACCAGAACCGCCUGACCCACCUGACCGACUCCAUCGGGGAGUGUGAGAACCUGACCGAGCUGAUGCUGACUGAGAACCUACUGCAGGUUCUGCCUCACUCCGUGGGGAAGCUGAAGAAACUGACUAACCUGAAUGUGGACCGGAACCGCCUGACCAGCGUGCCUGAGGAGCUGGGCUGUUGUGCCAGCCUCAACGUGCUCUCACUGCGGGACAAUUGCGUGGACAGGCUGCCUGCUGAGCUGGCCAGCGCGACGGAGCUGCACGUGUUGGAUGUGGCAGGGAACAGGCUGCAGAAUCUGCCCUUCUCACUGGCCAACCUCAACCUGAAGGCCAUGUGGCUGGCGGAGAACCAGUCCCAGCCCAUGCUCAAGUUCCAGACGGAGGAUGACGAGUGCACGGGGGAGAAGGUGCUGACCUGCUACCUGCUACCCCAGCAGCCCUCCCCCAGCCUCGAGAACCUGCUUCAGAAUAGCGUAGAUGACAGCUGGACCGACAGCAACCUGAACCGUGUCUCCGUCAUCCAGUUUCAGGAGGAGACCAAGGCGGAGGAGGAGGAGAAGGAGGGUCUACAGCGCAGAGCAACCCCACACCCAAGUGAGCUGAAGGUGAUGAAGAAAGUGAUUGAGGAGAGGAGGAAUGAGGCCUACACAGCCAAACCCGAUGGAGUGGUGGGGACCCCCGACACAGAGGAGAAACGUCUGAGUGGGUUGUCCAAUCACAGCCACGACUCCCAGGCUUCCCAUAGCACUGCCUCUGCUGGUUCCCAAGAAGAGAGGCGGGAUCUGAUCACUACAGGGGAGGAGCCAGCUGAUGAGGAUGCCCAGGAGCAAGAAGAGGAGGAGGUAGAUGAGAUGGAAGUGGAGUAUAUUGAGCCCACGGUGCACUUUGCUGAGGAGCCGAUCAUACGUGGCGGAGAAGAGGAUGACGAGGAUGGCGAGGAGGAAGAGGACGGAGAGCGGAGCGACGAAGAGGAUCAACAGAGGCCCGUCUUCCCCAUGGAGAAGCAGCGCCUGAUCCGCAAGGACACCCCGCACUACAAGAAGCACUUCAAGAUCACCAAGCUGCCCAAGCCCGAAGCGGUUGCUGCCCUGCUCCAGGGCUUCACCCCCGACAGUCUCCCCCACCUGCAGCGGCCGGCACAUAAAGACGCGGAGGAGGAGGAGGAGGAGGAGGAGGGGGAGGAGGGGGAGGAGGAGGAGAAUGGGCAGAGCGUCACCACCCCCCACUACCCUAGUAUAGAGGAGCCCAAGAUGGGCAACAGCAGGGUGGCAGACAGAGUCAACUCCUGCCUGCAGCCUGUCAAGGGGGUGUCAUUUGAUCACGUCAAUAAUCUGCUGAUUGAGCCUGCUCGAAUUGAGGAGGAAGAGCUGACCCUGACCAUCCUGCGCCAGACAGGGGGGCUGGGGAUCAGCAUUGCAGGGGGAAAAGGCUCCACACCCUACAAGGGGGAUGAUGAGGGUAUCUUCAUCUCCAGAGUGUCUGAGGAAGGCCCCGCAGCUUGUGCCGGGGUCAAAGUUGGAGACAAACUGCUAGAGGUGAACGGCAUCGACCUGCACGAGGCAGAGCACCACAGGGCGGUGGAGGCUCUGCGGAGCUCGGGCACGGCCGUCUCCAUGAAGGUGCUGCGGGAGCGCAUGGUGGAGCCGGAGAACGCCGUCACCACCACGCCCCUGCGGCCGGAGGACGACUACUUCCCCCGCGAGCGGCGUGGCAGCGGCGGCCUGCCCUUUUGCAUGGAGCCCCCGUCCCCCGGGUCUGCCCGCCAGCGCCUGUCCACCUGCCUCAUGCGCAAUGACAAGGGCCUGGGCUUCAGCAUUGCAGGGGGGAAGGGCUCCACACCCUAUCGCACAGGGGACAAUGGCAUCUUCAUCUCCCGAAUCGCCGAGGGCGGGGCAGCUCACCGUGACAGCACGUUACGCGUAGGGGACAGGGUCAUCUCUAUCAAUGGUGUAGACAUGACAGAGGCCAGACAUGAUCAGGCAGUAACGCUGCUUACCAGCACUUCCCCCACCAUCACCCUGCUGGUGGAGCGUGACCUGAUGGAGCCAGAGGGCUCCCGGGCCCAGUCACGCCCACACUCCCCGCCGCCACCUGAGCCCGUCAACGCCCCUGACCAGGACGAACACGGCAACCAUCUGACCCAGCCGUUAGAGGAUGAGUACCCCAUUGAGGAAGUGACUCUAGUGAAGGCAGGUGGCCCACUGGGGCUGAGCAUUGUGGGAGGCAGUGACCAUGCCAGCCACCCAUUUGGAAUCAGCGAGCCUGGAGUCUUCAUUUCUAAGGUGAUCCCCCAUGGCUUGGCGUGUCAGAGUGGGCUCCGGGUGGGUGAUCGCAUCUUGGAGGUGAAUGGCAUUGAUUUGCGGCACGCCACACACCAGGAGGCAGUCCGCGCCCUGCUCUCCAACAAGCAGGAGAUCCGCAUGCUGGUGCGCCGGGAUCCUGCGCCCACGGGCAUGCAGGAAAUCGUGAUUGAGAAGCAACCUGGAGAGAAACUAGGCAUCAGCAUCCGUGGUGGCGCAAAAGGACAUGCAGGCAACCCCUUUGAUCCCACGGAUGAGGGAAUCUUUAUCUCCAAGGUGAGCUCCAGUGGCGCAGCCGCGCGAGACGGCCGCUUGCGGGUGGGCAUGCGAAUCCUCGAGGUGAACAACCACAGCCUGUUGGGCAUGACCCACACAGAGGCCGUGCGCAUCCUGCGGGGCGUUGGUGACACGCUCGCCGUGCUGGUCUGUGACGGCUUUGACCCCUGCGAUGCGGCCGCCGUUGAGGCCUCCCCUGGCAUCAUCGCUAACCCCUUUGCUACGGGCAUUGUCCGAAAAAACAGCAUGGAGAGCAUUUCAUCCAUUGACAGGGACCUGAGCCCAGAGGAGCUGGAGAUCAUUCAGAAGGAGGUAGAGAUGGUACGUGAGGCCUCCCAGUGGGAGAGAGAAGAGAUAGAGAAACUGGAACGCAUGCGCCUGGAGCGUGAGGAGGCCAACCGCCUGCUGGAGGAGGAGGCUGAGAAUUUCGCCACUGCCCCCCUGAAACUGGACUACAGGACGCUGGCCGCACUGCCCACCACCAGCCUUCAGAAGGUCAACCGGGCUCCAUCCUCUGAGAGCCAGGGGCUGAGGAGCCCCAGCAGAGAAGCUCAGCACUCCCCCAGCUCCCAGCCGGCAAGCAUUAAUUUCACCUCCAGUGUGGCCCCCAAAGAGAGCACAUCAACUAAACCAGGUGUGAUCCAGCCUGCGUCUCGUCUGUGGCAGAAUAGCUCACCAGUCACUCAAGAUGACUGCAGCAGCCCCACCCCCUUCCAGCAUGGCCCCUCCCCCAUCAACUCUCAAACCUCUGAGCCUUUUAGCCAAGCAAACAACAUCCGACCCAAGCAGCCCUCGCCAGAGACCCCCACAGCCAGCAGCGACAGUCCAGAGCAGCGCUCCUUCAGAGACCGGCAGAAGUACUUCGAGAUCGACGUGAAGCAGCAGACGCCGGACAGUAAGCCCAAACCCAGGGUCUCACUGGUUGGAGAGGACGAUCUGAAGAAGAUGAGGGAGGAGGAAGCGCGGAGGAUUGACCUACGUGCACGGGACUUCCUGCUGGAUGAGGAGGAGGAAGAAGAGGAGGACCUUGCCAAGCAGAUGGCGGAGAUGAAGGCCCACGGCAAGGUGGUGCUGGAUGGCGUAGAGUAUAAAAUCGAAAGUGUGGGAAGCCACGGUGCCACCUCUGUCAGACAGUGUGCCUCAUCUCCCAGCUACUGUGCCACACCCCCCAAUUCAGGGCCUUCCUCUAUGGAUGGGGAGGGAGACUCCCAAAGGAACUCCUUGGAGGACAGCUUGAGGAUGGAGCACAGGCCUAGCUCCAUAACUGGGCUGAACCCAGCGUACCCCGGUGAACCUGGCGCCCCCGUUCGCACGGCCAAGGCAGAGCGGCGGCACCAGGAGAGGCUGCGCAUGCAGAGCCCGGAGCUGGCGGUGGCCGCGGACAGCGAGCUGUCCCCUGCCGAGAGGCGGGCGCUGGAGGCCGAGAAGAGGGCCAUGUGGAGGGCAGCACGACCCUAUGGGCUGGAAGAGGAUGUUAGACAGUAUGAGCAGGACCUGGCUAAAAGGCUGUACCAGUCCAGAGUGAGGGCGUCUCAGGGCAGCUCUGCACCCCCUCAGCCCGCUGCCACCGCCCAGCUCAGGAUGAAGUCUCUGGAGCAAGAUGCCCUGAAAGCCCAGAUGGUCAUCGCAAAGUCCCGGGAAGGCAAGAAGCGUGGCACCCUGGACCAGCUGACUGAGUCACCCUCACCUGCCCCCACACCCUCUCCCACUCCUUUGGAAGAUACCAGCUUUCGAGGUGUAACCUCACCGGGCAGACUGUCCCUGUCGGAAAAGAAGUUUGACUACCGACAGUUUGCUGCAAUCCCUUCUUCCAAACCCGUAUACGACAUCCAGUCCCCUGAUGCAGCAGACAACAUUCAGUUCAUCGAUGACAGUUCCAGCAACCCAGUGUCCCCUGCACCUCCUGAGGCUGAGGUGCCUCCCCAGCUGUCUGCCUCCUCUGCCCUAGAGGAGAUGGCGCUCUACAGCAACAAACGCAGGCUAAGACAAGGCCGCCGCAGCCUGGAAACAGCCGUGCCCACGUAACGCCAUCUACUUCAAGAAAACAGACUGCCAGGACCAGAAGACCAACACACAUAUGCACACACACACACACACACACACACAUUUGUGUUAGGAAUACACUACAUUACAGGCAGGCCAGAGUUCAUAAACCAAACCACUGCCGCUACUUCAAUGGACAGAGACAAAGAAAUACUUUUGCACCGCAAGCAGACAGACAUGUUUCCAUGGAGAUACUCACACAGAAGGUGUCCUGUAUUUGCUGAUAGUAGAUGGCAUGCAACAGACAAUUGGCCCAGAUGUGGAAAAACCAUAACCACAGUAGAUCCUGACUGUGAAAGGAGAUGGAAAGUGUAGGAGGGGGGACUAGCUUUUCAUGAGAAAAUCCAUUUUUUUGAGUUUUAUAUUCAUUCUUUUUUCAGUUUUUUUAGAAGCUGAAUUAUUUUAACUGGAGACUAACCUGUUUUUUCACCUCCUCUGAUUCUUGCAGUUUUAAAAAAAUGCAGAAGAAAAAUGAAUCAUAGCUGUUCUACUUACUGCACAUCUUUUAUUAUUUUUUUGGAAGGUUUUCUGUUGAACUGGUUGUAAAAUUGAAGGGUUUGGUUUUGGGGUGGUGAGGGAGGGAAAGAGAGGGGCUCAAACUCUCUGAAGUGACAUAUUCUGCUACCUUCACUGCCACCUGAACACAGGGCAAUUCAAACACUACACUUCUCUAUUGCACUGCUAUCAUGUGGUUUUAUAAGGAAAACAACAUUUUAUUACUUUUAAAGUAAUUUAUUGUUUUAGCUCUCAUCAGGAAAAGCAAGGAUUGUGAAAGGAUGCUGCAAACCUGAGACGCAUUUCUGUAAAUAUAAUUAUCCUUUUUUUGUGAUGCUAAGAAAACUUGGUUGCUCCCAUGAGAAUUUCAUUUUUGGACUUAUUGAUUUGUCACAAAUUGAGGCUGUGGGUCAAAGGUAUAACUAUGCUAAGGUAUAUCAAUUAAUAUAUGGUGGAACGUAAUAUGGUGGUAAUAUGGUGCUUGUUACAUUAUAGCUGAAUGUAUUAAAGUGGAUUCGCCUGAAAGUAGUAGAGUCACACUGAACUGUACAUUGUGAUUGUACAGUUCUGUGAUCUUCACCAUGUUGAAUGCAGGAGUUAUGGGAUAGACUCUUCAGAUGCUGUCACUAGUCUGGAGAGGAUAUCAUUAAAGCACAGCAAUCAGGUGUUCAGUUCAUUCAGAAACCCUCUGUCCCAUUAAUUGUAAUGAAGCGAUGAAUUUCCUUCACCCAUGAGCGUCUGUUACUUAGUCAAUUCCAGGGUGGUAAGGUACAGAGACUCUUUCUCUGACAGACGGAACAAACAGGUACCAACCUUUCAGGUUGUUGGUCAGCCUAAUGCAAUAUUUUAUUUAGUUGUGUUGCACAUUGCAUCAUUUUGAGUUUAAUAAAAUAAAAAUAUAAGAAUGAUAUUCAAAACAUUAGGUUUUUGUUUUGUCUGAUAGUCUUGGAAGAAGGCAAACUGGCCCCUUUAAGGGAAGCAGUAGUCUUCUGAGGACCCAAGCACAGGUUCAACCCAAGACCUGGACCAUGUAGUUUUGUCAUAACAUUCCUAUUUCAACAAUUGUGACUACAAUGGCGAGCCCAGCAAGCUGACACACACACACACACAACCAGAAAUCUGUGUAGCCAGAUGAUGAACAUUGAAAGAACCAAUAAAUAGAGGUUAAAUUAUACAUGGCUGUCACAGGUCUGCACAUAUCCUUUCUGAUUUACUUAUGGUACCUUUCUCUCCGUUUAGGGGGUAUGGGAUAAUAAUGUCUAAACAUUAUAUACGGAGGCUAAUCUGAUAUAUCUGACAUAUCUGUCCUCCCGGUGGUCUGGUGUUCAUCCCCUCAGGCUGAUGAAGGUAGCAGGUGAAGGGUUUCUCUCUCUAAGAUUACAUGAAAUCUAAAGCCACUGAAAUGCUCUAUUAUCAUGUGAAUAAUGUAGAUACUGAAAGAAACCAAGAAAUGGUCAAAACUGAGCCAAGCUAUGUGGACAAUAAAUGCUAUGAAGACUGUCACACUGGCUGGACAGGGUCUAGACUGGGAGCUCCCUGUAUGUACAUUGGCUGAGUUAUUGGAUGCUUCUUUUUUUUUGCAAUAUAUUUCCUCAUAUUAUUUCCACAGCCGUCUUUCACUUUGUCUCUGCUGUAGUGGCCCGUGAUGAGAAAUCUCACAGCUCUGUUAAAGAAUGGUAAAUAGUUGUUGCUGAAUUGAAAUGACUAAUUUUAACUCUUUGUUUGCUUUUGCUGACUGAAAUUAACUUUGGGCCAUAAUUAAUUGGUGAAUGAUUUUUUUUUUUUAAUUGGGUAACUGUGAUUUUCCAAACAAGUGGGAUUCACUACAUUUUUACACAGAACAAUGUUGGAAUUUUAUUUGUUGUUUGAUUUUCUUGUUUGCAUUUUCUUGGGGAGCUCUUGUUUUCCACAAGGGUGGAACGGAAAGGGUGGAGAUCAGGGGGUAUAGCUCAUCCAAGACUGUAACUAGUGAAUUUGUACAACCAAAGAAGUCUAUUUUGUGGUUCAGGAAUAAUAAAGUUUACUUUUCAUUUAACAAAAUUAUUUCCAAGACUGUACCUAUGUGCUUGCUUUCUUGUGGAUACUGGGGUGUAGUUUACUUGCUCACUUUGAGUGUGUAAAGAGCAAGGGAAGAAUGGAGACAGUAAAAAUAAUCUGAGGGAGGUAU